AUGCAAAUGUAUGCGUUAACAUCCGUGAAAAUAUCAUAUGUAGUAGGUGGUAGGCUGACUCGCGAGCUCUAUAAAACGCUGCGACGUCGUAUCAUACGAGGCAGCGAGAUCGAUAACAAACAGAAAUAUAACAUAGAAAACCACAAGAAGACAACACUUGAUGGUAAGUUGUUGGGCCCCAAAACGUGUUAUAACAUUUAUUUGGCUCUUGACAAUCGGCCCGCGGAUGAGAUAAAACGGCGAUUUCAGCUAAUUGCGCAAAAUUUGAUCAAAGUAGGGGCGGAACACACCAACGUAUACUAUUACGGACUUAAAAAGUUGGCACAGCCGUUGAACAAAAAACACGAGGCGUGCUUCAUUUCUUUCGAGUUGGAUAUUUACCCUAGCCUCAUACAACAUAUACGCAAGAAACUAAGCCAGGAAGAGCACGUGUUGCGCGUGCUAGUACUCCGGGAUACACAAAAAGACAAGUCCAGACGCGUCCAUCGCGACAGACGUCUUCACGUGCGACAUCCGUAUUUUGAUACAGAAAUCUUUAGGCCUCACAGAUCGCGGCUAUUGAACAAACCUGGCGAGGAAUUCAGCAUUGCGAAAGACAAAUAA